ACCCCCACAUCUCUCACACUUUUUUUUUUUUUUUUCACAUCACAUCGCAUCGCAUCGCGCAAAAGAAUUGACGAAGAGAGUCAGUCCUGUCUUUCUAUCUUCUCCCCCCUUUAUUUUAUUUUAUAAAUACAUAAGAAUUGCUACCAAAUCUACCCAUUUCCAUUCCAUUCAAGCUUAAUUUGGAAGAUUUAUUAGAAAAAAAAUCAUCUUCAAUCACAUCAAUAUCAGCCCAUCAAACAUGGAGGAAGCCGAUGUGGUUGAAACUAAGAAGGGAACAAUCUCAGUGGCUUCUGCAUUUCCUGUUCAUCAGGAAGCUGUACAGGACAGAGAUCACAAGUUCCUAACAAAAGCAGUUGAAGAAGCUUAUAAAGGGGUUGAAAGUGGAGAUGGAGGUCCUUUCGGUGCUGUUGUUGUCCUCAACGAUGAGGUUGUUGUCGCUUGUCAUAACAUGGUCUUAAAACAUACUGAUCCUACUGCCCAUGCCGAGGUCACUGCCAUUAGAGAGGCAUGUAAAAAGCUCAAUCAGAUUGAGCUUUCUGACUGUGAAAUAUAUGCUUCUUGUGAGCCCUGCCCCAUGUGCUUUGGCGCGAUCCACCUUUCACGAAUUAAGAGGUUGGUUUAUGGAGCCAAGGCUGAAGCAGCUAUUGCUAUUGGCUUUGAUGAUUUUAUUGCUGAUGCAUUGCGGGGGACUAGCUUCUAUCAGAAGUCCCAGCUGGAGAUCAAGAGGGCAGAUGGCACCCAGGCCAUCAUUGCAGAACAAGUCUUUGAGAAAACAAAGGAGAAGUUUCAGAUGUAUUAAGCGUUUUCAUUUGUUCGUUAUGCUAGUUGGGACUGGCUUUACUUCUAUUCUGAACGAUAAGCUUCGCCUUCAAUGCAAUUGUUCAAUAAUGACUUCCAUUCAAUGGAGCUUGAAAUGCUGAUAUGCUUUAUCAUGUUGAACUUCA